GGCCUCUUUAGUCACAUUUCUAAAUGGAUCAGAGUCAGUUGUUGGAUAUUUCUUGAGCAAUCAUGUUGAUUGGCAAAAUUUUGAUAUUUUCCCUACUUAUCGGAUUCUUAGAGGCCCAGAUCUGCGAGGUGAAGCGUGUCAGCAGUGUGAAUGGAAAGCGUGUGGAAAGGAAAAUACAAACCUGCUGCAGGGGAUACCGACGAUUGGGAAAGGGGCCAAAGAUUAGAUGUGUGGCCACCUGCCAGCGGCCCUGUGGGAGUGGCACGUGCUCCAAACCAAAUGUUUGCACCUGCAACAGUGGAUACAAAAAUUUCAACAAUGUCCCCUCUAAUCGUUGUGUUCCGGCCUGCAAGGGUGGCUGCAGCAAGGGCACAUGCCAGUCUCCCGGACGGUGCGUCUGCUCCAAGGACCACAUUCUGGACGCCGCCAGCGGCAACUGUCUGCCUCACUGCCCCAGCGGCUGUGCCAACGGCAACUGCGUACUGCCCAACAAGUGCAACUGCAACGAAGGCUACUCGCUGAACGCCACCAGCCAGACAUGCCAUCCCCUCUGCGAUCAGAACUGUGCCUCGGGCAACGGUGUCUGUGCGGCCCCUAAUCACUGCGAGUGCAAGAAAGGCUACUUGCUGGACAAAGAAUCUAAGUCGUUUAUGUGUCGACCAGUGUGCAGCAUGGGCUGCGAUAACGGAGUUUGUCGCGCACCCGAUGUAUGCGAGUGCAAGAGGAACUACCAGAAGGGACCCGAUAGGAACUGCGUGCCCAUCUGCGAUUACGGUUGCAUGAAUGGCAACUGCACGGCGCCGGACGUCUGUGAGUGCCACAAAGGUUACUCCCCCAUCAGCGAGUCGAUCUGCCUACCCGUCUGCAGCGGAGGGUGCCUGAACGGAUUAUGUGAAGCGCCAGAUGUUUGCACGUGCAACCAGGGCUAUAUGAAGCAGGGCAACAUCUGUGCGCCAGUUUGUGAGGGAGGAUGUGAAAAUGGCCUUUGCGAGUCUCCCGGAAAAUGUACCUGCAAUAAAGGAUACGGGAAGGAGAGUGAGAACAGAUGUGUUCCCAUCUGCGAGGGCGGAUGUGAGAACGGGCUCUGCGAGUCUCCAGGAAGAUGUUCCUGUAAAGAAGGAUACGCAAAGGAGAGUGAGAACAGAUGUGUUCCCAUCUGCGAGGCUGGAUGUGAGAACGGAUUCUGCGAGUCUCCCGGAAAGUGUUCCUGCAACGAAGGAUACGCAAUGGAGAGUGAGAACAGAUGUGUUCCCAUUUGCGAGGCCGGAUGUGAGAACGGAUUCUGCGAGUCUCCAGGAAGAUGUUCUUGCAACGAAGGAUACGCAAAAGAGAGUGAGAACAGAUGUGCCCCCAUUUGCGAAGGCGGGUGUGAGAACGGAUUCUGCGAGUCUCCCGGAAAGUGUUCCUGCAACGAAGGAUACGCAAAAGAAAGUGAGAACAGAUGUGUUCCCAUCUGCAAGGGCGGAUGUGAGAACGGAUUCUGCGAGUCCCCCGGAAAGUGUUCCUGCAACGAAGGAUACGCAAUGGAGAUUGAGAACAGAUGUGCUCCUAUUUGUGAGGAUGGAUGUGAAAAUGGAUUCUGCGAGUCUCCCGGAAAGUGUUCCUGCAACGAAGGAUACGGAAAGGAGAGUGAGAACAGAUGUGCUCCCAUUUGUGAGGACGGAUGUGCGAACGGAUUCUGCGAGUCUCCCGGAAAGUGUUCCUGCAACGAAGGAUACGCAAUGGAGAGUGAGAACAGAUGUGCUCCCAUUUGUGAGGGCGGAUGUGAGAACGGAUUCUGCGAGUCUCCCGGAAAGUGUUCCUGCAACGAAGGAUACGCAAUGGAGAGUGAGAACAGAUGUGCUCCCAUUUGUGAGGGCGGAUGUGAGAACGGAUUCUGCGAGUCUCCCGGAAAGUGUUCCUGCAACGAAGGAUACGGAAAGGAGAGUGAGAACAGAUGUGCUCCCAUUUGUGAGGACGGAUGUGCGAACGGAUUCUGCGAGUCUCCCGGAAAGUGUACCUGCAACGAAGGAUACGGAAAGGAGAGUGAGAACAGAUGUGUUCCCAUCUGCGAGGGCGGAUGUGAGAACGGAUUCUGCGAGUCUCCCGGAAAGUGUUCCUGCCACGAAGGAUACGCAAAGGAAAGUGAGAACAGAUGUGCUCCCAUUUGUGAGGACGGAUGUGAGAACGGAUUCUGCGAGUCUCCCGGAAAGUGUACCUGCAACGAAGGAUACGGAAAGGAGAGUGAGAACAGAUGUGUUCCCAUCUGCGAGGGCGGAUGUGAGAACGGAUUCUGCGAGUCUCCAGGAAGAUGUUCUUGCAACGAAGGAUACGCAAAGGAGAGUGAGAACAGAUGUGCUCCCAUAUGCGAAGGCGGGUGUGAGAACGGAUUCUGCGAGACUCCCGGAAAGUGUACCUGCAACGAAGGAUACGGAAAGGAGAGUGAGAACAGAUGUGUUCCCAUCUGCGAGGGCGGAUGUGAGAACGGAUUCUGCGAGUCUCCCGGAAAGUGUUCCUGCCACGAAGGAUACGCAAAGGAAAGUGAGAACAGAUGUGCUCCCAUUUGUGAGGACGGAUGUGCGAACGGAUUCUGCGAGUCUCCCGGAAAGUGUACCUGCAACGAAGGAUACGGAAAGGAGAGUGAGAACAGAUGUGUUCCCAUCUGCGAGGGCGGAUGUGAGAACGGAUUCUGCGAGUCUCCCGGAAAGUGUUCCUGCCACGAAGGAUACGCAAAGGAAAGUGAGAGCAGAUGUGCUCCCAUUUGUGAGGACGGAUGUGAGAACGGAUUCUGCGAGUCUCCCGGAAAGUGUACCUGCAACGAAGGAUACGGAAAGGAGAGUGAGAACAGAUGUGUUCCCAUCUGCGAGGGCGGAUGUGAGAACGGAUUCUGCGAGUCUCCAGGAAGAUGUUCUUGCAACGAAGGAUACGCAAAGGAGAGUGAGAACAGAUGUGCUCCCAUAUGCGAAGGCGGGUGUGAGAACGGAUUCUGCGAGACUCCCGGAAAGUGUUCCUGCCACGAAGGAUACGCAAAAGAAAGUGAGAACAGAUGUGCUCCCAUUUGUGAGGACGGAUGUGAGAAUGGAUUUUGCGAGUCUCCCGGAAAGUGUUCCUGCAUCGAAGGAUACGGAAAGGAGGGUGAGAACAGAUGUGCUCCCAUUUGUGAGGGCGGAUGUGAGAACGGAUUCUGCGAGUCUCCCGGAAAGUGUUCCUGCAACGAAGGAUACGCAAUGGAGAGUGAGAACAGAUGUGUUCCCAUCUGCGAGGACGGAUGUGAGAACGGAUUCUGCGAGUCUCCCGGAAAGUGUUCCUGCCACGAAGGAUACGCAAAAGAAAGUGAGAACAGAUGUGCUCCCAUUUGUGAGGACGGAUGUGAGAACGGAUUCUGCGAGUCUCCCGGAAGGUGUUCCUGCAACGAAGGAUACGCAAUGGAGAGUGAGAACAGAUGUGUUCCCAUCUGCGAGGACGGAUGUGAGAACGGAUUCUGCGAGUCUCCCGGAAAGUGUUCCUGCAUCGAAGGAUACGGAAAGGAGAGUGAGAACAGAUGUGCUCCCAUUUGUGAGGGCGGAUGUGAGAACGGAUUCUGCGAGUUUUCCGGAAAGUGUUCCUGCAACGAAGGAUACGCAAUGGAGAGUGAGAACAGAUGUGCUCCCAUUUGUGAGGAUGGAUGUGAGAACGGAUUCUGCGAGUCUCCCGGAAAGUGUUCCUGCAACGAAGGAUACGCAAUGGAGAGUGAGAACAGAUGUGCUCCCAUUUGUGAGGGCGGAUGUGAGAAUGGAUUCUGCGAGUCUCCCGGAAAGUGUUCCUGCAUCGAAGGAUACGGAAAGGAGAGUGAGUACAGAUGUGCUCCCAUUUGUGAGGGCGGAUGUGAAAACGGAUUUUGCGAGUCUCCCGGAAAGUGUUCCUGCAUCGAAGGAUACGGAAAGGAGGGUGAGAACAGAUGUGCUCCCAUUUGUGAGGGCGGAUGUGAGAACGGAUUCUGCGAGUCUCCCGGAAAGUGUUCCUGCAACGAAGGAUACGCAAUGGAGAGUGAGAACAGAUGUGCUCCCAUUUGUGAGGACGGAUGUGAGAACGGAUUCUGCGAGUCUCCCGGAAGGUGUGCCUGCAUCGAAGGAUACGCAAAAGAAAGUGAGAAAAAAUGUAUUCCCAUCUGCGACGGCCGAUGUGAGAACGGAUUCUGCGUGGCGCCUGGGCUGUGCUCGUGUAUCGAAGGAUACAUCAGGAUCAGAGAAGGCACCUGCAAGCCCUAUUGCCCAAAUGGAUGUUUCAAUGGCUCCUGCGUCGCACCCAAUGUUUGUAAUUGCGAGAAUGGUUCUGUCUAUGAGUUCUCGUCAGGGAUGUGUGUCCCUGAGAAGAAUGAUCUCCUUGGCGGCCGAAGCACAGGUCAUCUUGGAUCUGCCACCUCGACUACUAGCUGGUACGACGAAUCCACGGAUUCAGAGAUUUCCUCCUCGAUACCCGAUCUGUUAUUUUGGUGCGAGAAGUUCUGCUGGAACGGGACGUGCGUUGAGGAGCAGUGUACUUGCGAGCCAAACUACAAGCUUCACAGAGACGACGGGGACGAUGGACGGCUUCUGUGCCUCCCAAUAUGCGAGAUGGAGUGCAUCAACGGGUACUGCCUGUUUCCCGGAAUGUGUACUUGCUUCGAUGGUGCCGAGCCGGCUGCCGGUUACCUGUGCCAGCUUCCAGAAGGAUCGGGCACGGGGGAGCAAUCCUAUGGCCAGAUGAGCGGCAAAAACCGAUUGAAAUGGGUGUUCAUUGCGAUCGGGAUCGUUGCGCUGGUUUUGUCCAUUGUCAUUGCGUUUCUGAUGUGUUAUAUCUACAAGAAGCGUAGCUAUCGAGUGGACAAGAACGAAAAACAAUUUGGAGUGUACUUUUCUGCAAAUAAGGUAGAUGUCAUUCGAGCUUAAGCUUUAAUUUUAAGAUCACACAAUUCUCUCAUUAUAAAAUAAAGUUUAUAGUAUGAAUGA